UGCCCUCUCUUAAAAACAUAGCACGUCGACCCUCACUAACCCCUACCGACCUAAUCCUCCUACUUACACCCCCUUACUACCAACCCCACACAUCAUGGAUCCAGACACAGUACUCGACCACUGGGCUCGUCUGAGCGAGAAGAACACCAAAGAUUUCCUUCGCGCCGUUCAACAAGAUGUCAUUGCAUCUGCCGCUAUCCACGAUCCACCCUUUGGCAAGAAGAAAUCCACAUAUGUCGACUGGUUCGCGUCCGGGAAGCCGCUCAAAACAUUCGAAACCAUCAUGCAACAAUCCGUCCUGCCAUACUACGCCAAUACACACACAUACUCGACCUCAACAGCUCGGUAUACCUCCACAUCUGUCGCCAAUUCAAGGAGGAUCGUCAGUCGAUGCCUGAAUGCUCAAACAACAAAGGGGCAUCCCCACGAAGCCGUGGUCCUGUUUUGCGGUGAUGGAUCAACAGCAGCUAUCGCCAAGGUACGCAACGUCUUCCGCCUUGGCGACCCUGGAUUCUGGUUCCGAAAAGCGCAUUCCGAACAUGCUGUUUGCUCCGGAGACCUGAGCUCGACUUUCUCCAUCUCUGAUACCACAUCCCCAUCAUCAGCACCGGACUCGAGCCUGUGCCAGAGAGUCUAUGAGAGGCUUCCGGCACAGUACCGGCCUGUGGUUUUUGUUUCGAUCCAGGAGCAUCAUUCGAAUCUGUUGCCAUGGCGCGAGAGCUGUGCAGACGUUGUGGUGAUUGGCGAACAUAGCCGGCAUCGAUUGGAUCUCGAUCAACUGGAGAUGCAGCUGCAGAAGUACCGUGAACGACCCUUGAAAAUUGGGUCUUUUUCGGGGGGUAGUAAUUUAACAGGGGUGUUGAAUGAUACUGUCGCGAUCGCAGAGCUCCUUCACAAAUACGACGCCUUUGCGUUCUUUGACUAUGCUGGCGUCGGUGCCUACACGACCGUUGACAUGAACCCUCCCCCUAGCAACAGCUCCUUACCGAUGCACGAGAGCAAAGCCUACAAGGACGGCGUCUUCCUCAGUCCACACAAAAUGGUCGGCGGUCCUGGCUCGUCCGGUGUCCUUGUUGCCCGACUAGAGAUCUUUUCGUGGGCGGAACAAAAUAGUUCGACAAAUCGCAACGAGAUCUUGCCGUCGCAUCCAGCAGGAGGCACUGUCGACCUGGUGUUCGACAACAAGCACAAGUAUGUCAAGGACGUCGUUGCAAGGGAAGAGCCUGGCACACCCAAUAUCCUGGCCACCAUCCGCACAGGACUAGUGAUGCGUCUGCAGGAGAUCAUGGGCCCAAAGUUAAUUUUGGAAAAGGAAUACAGGUUGGCGACGUAUAUCUACCACCGUCUGCUGCAGAACAAUAAUAUCGAGAUCUUGGGUACACAGGUGCUGAGCCGCGUGGCAGUGUUUAGUGCUAUGAUCUCCAUCCCGGUCCUCUCGACUCCAGAGCGGCCGAUGGAGAUCCAUUACUCGCUCCUCAGCGCAAUCAUGAACGACUUUUUCGGGAUCGAGAUGCGCGGUGGGUGCAUGUGUGCUGGUCCGUACGGCGCGAAGCUGCUCAAGCUCACCCCCGAGAAGAAGGCCACACUUUGGGAACUCAUGGUGGGGGCCGACAAUGGAAACGACGACGACUAUCAGACGACCUACGACAACUGCGGACGCAGGAUCAAAAAGAACCUUCACCAGCAGGACCUGGCCUCAUCAGCGUUCAAGCCUGGAUUCGUUCGAUUCAGCUUUCCAUAUUUUGCGCGGGACAAGGAUGUGGAAUUUGUGCUACAAUCGUUCGAAUGGGUCGCCCAGUAUGGAUUCCUGCUGAUUCCGCUUUACAGGCUGGAUGGCGAGUCCGGCAUGUGGUCAAUUCGGGAAGCGGUUCGUCGAGCUGUUAAUUUGGAGAUCAGCCCCAGGAGGUUCGCCAGCGGACUUCGAAGCGAUUACAUACCCGUUGCAACAGACUGUAUCUAUGGUCUUCAAAAGCUGUUCUCCCAUCAAGCUCGGAUUAGUGCUCCAGCUGGGGUCCCGACAAAGGCUUCCGAUGCAUCUCGACCAUUCACACCUGAGGGGCAAAGCAGCAGUUGGCUGAAUUCAAGGAUGAUCAACACGCCCAACCAAGCUGGGGAAUCCUCGUUACGACUAUCCAGUAUGGGAAAAUCGGCUGCGCAUUUGCGAACAAGCAGCAAUACACAUGGGCCUACAUCUAUGGUCGUUCAGGAUUCCAGUUGCACAGCCAAGACGCCCACUCAUCCAAUAUCCCGCAGUUCCUCCGUCGCAAGCUUGUCUGGUGGCCAUGAUCCACAUCAGCAAGUUUACGAGACUAUCCACGGUUAUCAGUCCCCAUAUAAUACCUCCCAUCAUCCUACAGAGGUCGGUUCUCAGGGACAUCUCUCUGUCAAUGGAUUGGUUCAAGAACCCAGUUCGGGUCGGAGUUCGCCCUCGAUCUUUUCAUUCAAUCGCCCACGUUUGUUCACCCACGGUACGUCGUCGUCUUUUGGAUCCGCUGGAAAGAUGGGUGCCGUACAUCCUACUUCUGAUGCGGCGACAGCAAAUCAGAUGAAGAUUAGUCCCGCGAUGAGUGCAGCGCUGAAGGAGCUGUCGAUCGAGGCGUUGGAAGAGGAGAUGUCCAAAGUCGAUUGUAAUCCUCUCGCAGCAUCUAUACGACAGUUCGCGAUCCCGAUCGAGAUCGCGCAGGUGUAUAUGGGACAGAAUACUGGUGGGUCUGUUCCGACGUGCUUUCCUAAACGACGCAGGUAGGAGAAACAAAAGAGAAGAUAAAAUAAAGUUGGAAACAUUUCCGUGCCUGUGGUUUGACAUGAUC